AUUUUACGCUGCCUAUUAGCGCUAAAUAUAGCGCUUCCAGUGGGGAAGGAUAGCCAGAGGGAAGAUGGGGUGACAAGAUGUUUGGUGGAGGUUCUGUCCAAAGCACUCACCCAGCCGGAUGCCCAACUGGAACAAGAGUGCAAGGAGAUCCUACGAGCAGGAAUUAAACAUGCUCCGCCGGACAAGAAGAACAAUGUGGCAAUCUACGGAGAGCAAGCCAAAGAUAAAGCACAGGAUCCUGAGGUCCAGGGCUCGCAUGCAGAAGAAGUCCAAGAACUUCUGAAGUCUUUGAAGUCUAAACCGGAGAACACAAAGGAAGAACACAAUGAGGAAUCCUGGACUCUGGAGAAGAGACAACAAGAAGAUGGAGGUGAUGUAGAGGAGGAACGGGAGAAAAGAAGCAACUGGAGGCCAGGAAGGUUUCACCAGAAGCCCAAACAUGAUGAUGAGGAUUAUGAACGCAGCCAGGAGUCAUGGGGACUUGACGAUGAAAGGGAUAAGAGAGAAUGGAGGCCCGGGAGAUACCACCAAAGGAGACACAAGAGGGAUGAGGAACUCUCAGAAGAACCAGAUGAGGAGCGCAGCCAGGAAUCUUGGGAUUUUGACACCGGUAGAGAUAAGAGAGAAUGGAGGGCUGGGAGAUACCACCAAAGGAGACACAAACGUGAUGAGGAACUGUCAGAGGAACCCAGAGAGGAAACAGAUUACGAUCGCAGCCAGGAGUCAUGGGGGCUUGAUGACGAGAGGGACAAAAGGGAAUGGAGGGUUGGAAGAUACCACCAGAAGAGACCAAAGAGGGACGAGGAAUUCUCUGACGAGGAACUCUCAGAGGACCCGGAUGAGCAACGUAGCCAGGAAUCUUGGGAUUUUGACACCGACCGGCACAAGAGAGAAUGGAGGUCUAGGAGACCCCACCAAAGGAGAUUCAAGCGAGAUGAAGAACUCUCAGAGGAACCCAGAGAGGAAUCAGACGAUGAACGCAGUCAAGAGUCUUGGGAUUUUGACACCGACCGACACAAGAGAGAAUGGAGGUCCAGGAGACCCCACCAAAGGAGAUUCAAGAGAGAUGAAGAACUCUCAGAGGAACCCAGAGAGGAAUCAGACAAUGAACGCAGCCAAGAGUCUUGGGAUUUUGACACUGACCGACAAAAGAGAGAGUGGAGACCAGGAAGAUACCACCAAAGGAGACAUAAGCGAGAUGAAGAACUGUCAGAGGAUCCGGGUGAAGAACGCAGCCGAGAAUACUGGGACUUUGACACUGACAGAUACAAGAGGGAAUGGAGACCAGGGAGAAACCACCAGAGGAGGCACAAGCGUGACGAGGAACUCUCAGAGGAGAAGAGAGAGGAAUCGGAUGGAGAACGCAGUCAGGAGUACUGGAGCUUUGACAAAAGACACGACGGAGAUGAUGAAAAGCGCAUUUGGAAGCCGACACAUCGUUACUACCAAAGAAAGAAGUAUCCCAAGCAUGGACGGGAGGAAUUGUCAGAAGAUGAAGACCUAAGGGAUGAUUCUGACAUUUCAGAGGACAGAAACGAAGCUCUCAGGUAUCUAGCUGAGAAGCGAAACCCGUGGAUCUACAGAGGCUUUUACCAUCCUGCCUGGUUCAAAAGGGAUGCAGAAGACAAUACUGCCUCAAACAAGUUGGAUGAGGCGGCCAAGGUGUUGAGUCACAAGAUCAACCAGCUCGCCAACCUGGAGGCGUCAGAGGGAGCAAUGCAGCCGGCGGCACUCACUCCGCACGAGGAGAAAGCACUGGAGAACCUGGCGGCAAUGGACAUGGAAAUGAAGAAAAUCUCUGAGAAGUUGCAUGAUAAAGAAUGA